AUGUAUCAACAUGUAAAUGUUGUCACUAUACCAUCAAGAGAACCUAAACUCAAUAUGAGAGAAUUAUUGGAAAGGCUGAAUAAAUCGGAAGAAUAUUUACUAACCAAUCAAAUUGAUCAAUAUGUGAAUAUCAGAUACAAUAAUUGUGAUCCUAUCAUUCAGGAUUUAAUUAUUAAUGAUUUGAAAACAAACAAUAGCACCUACCAGCAGCAGCAACAGAAUAUUAAAUUAAAUAUUAAAUUAUUAACAAAUUGUUUGGAUGAGAAUAUAAUUUAUGAAAUUAUUCAAUUCAUUCCGACUUAUUCUAGGAUUCAUGAUCAAUUGAAUAAUGAUGACAAUGAUGAUGAUGGAUCGGAAUUUAAUUUUGCAGACUAUGUGAUGGAUGAUACGUUAGUAACACUUCACAAGAUGAGAUUGAUUAACAAGACUUUUAAUUCAAUCAUGAUGAAGAGAAUUCUAACACUUUCAAAGAUUAGAAUUGAUUUGACCGUAAAUUAUAGGAAUUCAAGAGAUUCCUUUAUCAAAUUACUUGAUUCUCAGGAAUUGUACAAGGAAAACAUGAUGUCAGAUAAGAAUUUCACUUUAGGAUACUCAUUCGAUAGCUUAGUGGAUGGAGGGUGGGAAAAUAAAAAGCCCCUUACUCUAGUUUCUUCCAAUAUGGAAUACAAGGAAGCUGUGUAUUCAAUAUACCAUUCAGAGAAAAUACGUACGCUUGAAGCAUUGAGAAAACAUACUUAUCGAUCAACAACUUGGAAUACCACAGUUGAAGAAUUGACAAUUUGCACUGAGGAUUCAGAUAUGGAAUUUAUGUUGUCAUGUAAAAAAUUGAGAAAGUUGAACAUUUUGACAACUGUAAUGCCAAAGUUGACUACCCAUCAAUUCGAUGUAUUGGAAGAGGUGGAAAUUAUUGAACCUUCCCAUGAUUCAGUAGUUAAUAAUGGCAGAACAUUUAGAAUGUUAAUCAAUUUACCGAAUAUCAAAUCAUUGACGCUUUUCUUGGUUGAAUCAGAUGAAGAUGCCUAUUACAAGCUAAUGGUUUUCUUUCUUUCUCUGAACUUUGGAAUUAAUUUCAAAUUUUAUGAAAUUGUGGAGAAUGGAGAAAAAAGAGAACUAGAUGUGAAGGAGUUAUCAACUCGUGAGGAAACAGGACGAGUAGUCGUGAUCAAUUUCAAUUCUGUAAUAUCAAACCCCAGCAGAAAAGUAUUGAAAGAGCUUAUUGAGCGAUAUGGUUCCAAAUUCGAAACCUACCUACCAAGAAUUAUCUUCACUUCAGAAACUGACAAGACAUCUACCAUAGAGAAAUUCAGAGAAAUAGCAGGUGAUUUUCUAAAAGAGGGAAUAUUUCACAUCUGUCACACGAAUUCUCUGAAAAUGUUUAAAUCUUGCAAUGUGGAUCCAAAGACUGCUUUGAUGUUGCAACAUGUAGUUUAUUCUUGCAAUGAGUAUCAAGAAUCGAAACUUAUUUCCUAUCGUCCUUUUAACAAGGAAGACUUUCCAAUAUUUUUAGAGGCAAUUCAUUACGGAUUGGAUUUUAGAAAACAAAUCAAGGAAAUUAUGAAUAUUUAUUGUUCUAUGGAUGAUGUUUCUGGAAUAGGCUCAACCCUACAUUAUUUGAAUGUGGAUUACAAAGUUAUUUAUUCCAUGCUUCACAAUAUUACUAAAGUUAUUAUGAAACUCAAUCAGUUUUCCAAAGGAAUUGAGAUAUUGAUUAGCUACAUGCUCAAGAAUAAUCCAAAACUACUAUUCGAAUGGUUAAAAGAAAAGAAGGCGAUUUCAAAGUCUGAAAUAUGGCACAUUCCUUUUCUUGCAAGCUUAUUUUCCACAAAUAUUAAUCCAUAUUUCGUAAGACUAUUAAUUGAUGAAAUGGAUAAGGAAAUAUUUGAAUGGGUAAAUGAGAGAGGAGAUUCAAUUCUUCAUUUAUUCAUCUUUUUAACAAAAUCAUUCAAUUAUGAGAUAUUCCUUGCAAUUAUCAAGAAGAAUCCCAAUUUAUUGAACCUGUCCAAUCACAAAAACGAAACUCCUCUCCAACUUUUACUGCUUCGACAAAAAGAUAACGCCUACUCACUUCUUUUUGAAACAGCAAGAUUAACAGGACUUGAGAUUAAAAACUUGGGAGGUAAUACUUUUGAUAUGGACUUUACGUUCAAAUAA